AAGGUAUUCAGUUAACUUGAUCAGAGAAACAAGUGAGAUAGAUGCAAGAUAGAAAAGGAGAAACAAUUUGAAACCGAAAUCAACGAAAUGGCGGGAAAUUUGGAAACAAAACGACAGAACUUCGCUUGCAACUGUACCUGCAAAUGCUGUACUUUAGACUCCUGCUGCUGCCAAGAUGGAUCGAGGUGCGACUGCAAGAACUGCAAAUGCUGCUCAACGGAAUCGAGAUGUUGCAAAGAUUCCGAGUGCGACAGUAAAUGUUGUAUUGAUGGUUCCUGCUGCAAUGAUAAUGAAGAAUGCAAUUGCGCAGACUGCAAAUGUUCCAAAGGUUGCAAGGAUUCAAAAUGUUCCUGCAAAUGCUGUACUUCAGAAUCCUGUUGCUGCCAAGAAGGAUCCAAGUGCGAUUGCAAGGACUGCAAAUGCUGCUCAAAAGAAUCGAAAUGUUGCAACGAUUCCAAAUGCGACAGCAAGUGUUGUAUUGAGGGUUCCUGCUGCAAAGAUGAUGCAAAAUGCAAUUGCGUAGACUGCAAAUGUUCCAAAGGGUACAAGGAUUGUAAAUGUUCCUGCAAAUGCUGUACUUCAGAAUCCUGUUGCUGCCAAGAAGGAUCCAAGUGCGAUUGCAAGGACUGCAAAUGCUGCUCAAAAGAAUCGAAAUGUUGCAAAGAUUCAAAAUGCGACAGCAAGUGUUGUAUUGAGGGUUCCUGCUGCAAAGAUGAUGAAAAAUGCAAUUGCGUAGACUGCAAAUGUUCUAAAGGGUGCAAGGAUUCUAAAUGUUCCUGCAAAUGCUGUACUUCAGAAUCCUGUUGCUGUCAAGCAGGAUCCAAGUGCGAUUGCAAGAACUGCAAAUGCUGCUCAAAAGAAUCGAAAUGUUGCAACGAUUCCAAGUGCGACAGCAAAUGUUGUAUUGAGGGUUCCUGCUGCAAAGACAAUGAAAAGUGCAAUUGCGCAGACUGCAAAUGUUCCAAAGGUUGCAAGGAUUCUAAAUGUUCCUGCAAAUGCUGUACUUCAGAAUCCUGUUGCUGUCAAGCAGGAUCCAAGUGCGAUUGCAAGAACUGCAAAUGCUGCUCAAAAGAAUCGAAAUGUUGCAACGAUUCCAAGUGCGACAGCAAAUGUUGUAUUGAGGGUUCCUGCUGCAAAGACAAUGAAAAGUGCAAUUGCACAGACUGCAAAUGUACCAAAGGUUGCAAUGAUUCUACAUGUUCUUGCAAAUGCUGUACUUCAGAAUCCUGUUGCUGCCAAGAAGGAUCCAAGUGCGAUUGCAAGGACUGCAAAUGCUGCUCAAAAGAAUCGAAAUGUUGCAAAGAUUCGAAAUGCGACAGCAAGUGUUGUAUUGAGGGUUCCUGCUGCAAAGAUGAUGAAAAAUGCAAUUGCGUAGACUGCAAAUGUUCUAAAGGGUGCAAGGAUUCUAAAUGUUCCUGCAAAUGCUGUACUUCAGAAUCCUGUUGCUGUCAAGCAGGAUCCAAGUGCGAUUGCAAGAACUGCAAAUGCUGCUCAAAAGAAUCGAAAUGUUGCAACGAUUCCAAGUGCGACAGCAAAUGUUGUAUUGAGGGUUCCUGCUGCAAAGACAAUGAAAAGUGCAAUUGCGCAGACUGCAAAUGUACCAAAGGUUGCAAUGAUUCUACAUGUUCCUGCAAAUGCUGUACUUCAGAAUCCUGUUGCUGCCAAGAAGGAUCCAAGUGCGAUUGCAAGGACUGCAAAUGCUGCUCAAAAGAAUCGAAAUGUUGCAAAGACUCCAAGUGCGACAGCCAAUGUUGUAUUGAGGAUUCCUGCUGCAAAGACAAUGAAAAGUGCAAUUGCACAGACUGCAAAUGUACCAAAGGUUGCAAUGAUUCUACAUGUUCUUGCAAAUGCUGUACUUCAGAAUCCUGUUGCUGCCAAGAAGGAUCCAAGUGCGAUUGCAAGGACUGCAAAUGCUGCUCAAAAGAAUCUAAAUGUUGCAAAGAUUCCAAAUGCGACAGCAAGUGUUGUAUUGAGGGUUCCUGCUGCAAAGAUAAUGAAAAAUGCAAUUGCGUACACUGCAAAUGUACCAAAGGUUGCAAGGAUUCUAAAUGUUCCUGCAAAUGCUGUACUUCAGAAUCCUGUUGCUGCCAAGAUGGAACCAAGUGCGACUGCAAAGAUUGCAAAUGCUGCUCAAAAGAAUCAAAAUGUUGCAAAGAUUCCAAGUGCGACAGCAAAUGUUGUAUUGAGGGUUCCUGCUGCAAAGACAAUGAAAAGUGCAAUUGCACAGACUGCAAAUGUACCAAAGGUUGCAAGGAUUCUAAAUGUUCCUGCAAAUGCUGUACUUCAGAAUCCUGGUGCUGCCAAGAAGGAUCCAAGUGCGAUUGCAAGGACUGCAAAUGCUGCUCAAAAGAAUCUAAAUGUUGCAAAGACUCCAAGUGCGACAGCAAAUGUUGUAUUGAGGGUUCCUGCUGCAAAGGAAAUGAAAAAUGCAAUUGCAUAGACUGCAAAUGUUCCAAAGGGUGCAAGGAUUCUAAAUGUUUGUGCAAAUGUUCUACUUCAGAGUCCUGCUGCUGCCAAAACGAAUCCAAGUGUGACUGCGAGGACUGCCAAUCCUGCUCAAAAGAAUCGAAAUGUUGCAACGAUUCCAAGUGCGACAGCAAAUGUUGUAUUGAUGGUUCCUGCUGCAAAGACAAUGAAAAGUGCAAUUGCGCAGACUGCAAAUGUACCAAAGGUUGCAAUGAUUCUACAUGUUCCUGCAAAUGCUGUACUUCAGAAUCCUGUUGCUGCCAAGAAGGAUCCAAGUGCGAUUGCAAGGACUGCAAAUGCUGCUCAAAAGAAUCGAAAUGUUGCAAAGACUCCAAGUGCGACAGCAAAUGUUGUAUUGAGGGUUCCUGCUGCAAAGACAAUGAAAAGUGCAAUUGCACAGACUGCAAAUGUACCAAAGGUUGCAAGGAUUCUAAAUGUUCCUGCAAAUGCUGUACUUCAGAAUCCUGUUGCUGCCAAGAAGCAUCCAAGUGCGAUUGCAAGGACUGCAAAUGCUGCUCAAAAGAAUCGAAAUGUUGCAAGGAUUCCAAAUGCGACAGCAAGUGUUGUAUUGAGGGUUCAUGCUGCAAAGAUGAUGAAAAAUGCAAUUGCGUAGACUGCAAAUGUACCAAAGGUUGCAAGGAUUCUAAAUGUUCCUGCAAAUGCUGUACUUCAGAAUCCUGUUGCUGCCAAGAUGGAACCAAGUGCGACUGCAAAGAUUGCAAAUGCUGCUCAAAAGAAUCGAAAUGUUGCAAAGAUUCCAAGUGCGACAGCAAAUGUUGUAUUGAGGGUUCCUGCUGUAAAGACAAUGAAAAGUGCAAUUGCACAGACUGCAAAUGUACCAAAGGUUGCAAGGAUUCUAAAUGUUCCUGCAAAUGCUGUACUUCAGAAUCCUGUUGCUGCCAAGAAGGAUCCAAAGACUGUAAAUGCUGUUUGAAGACCGAAAAAGCAGAUUAGAAGCUUAUUAUAUAAGUAGUUAGUUAGUUAGAAAUCUACAGGAAAUUUAUUUUACUUAUUCUGUUUGUAUUCAUUUUUCUAUGGUGUAGGGAACUCGUUAAUAAUACCUCGCAAUAAACAGUAGAGAUGAA